GAAUGUUGCCCGGACUUGCGAUGCUGAAUUCCAUGCUGAUCGUAACAGAAGGGUGCAAGUUCAGAGAAUGACUCUACUUUAACUAGAGCUCAUGUGAGAAUCUCAGAAGCCCAGCUGGUGUCUCCUGUGAAGCGUGUUGAGCAUAAAAGACAGAAAAACUGUGAUGUGAACUGACUCAAUGAUUGUGUUACAUUGGAUGUCUUAGUCUGCAAAACAGUGGAAGACAUUGGUUGCAAACCGAGUUGCAGAAAUACAGACGCUGACUAACGCUGACAUGUGAAAGCAUAUCCCAGGGGAUUAGAACAUGGCUAACUUGUUAUACGAAAAAAGAGCAUUCUUAAAUGGGACAAAAGGGAGACGACAAACAUGAGCACUGAUUUCAAAGUUCAAAAGGGCUGUUAUUCACAUAAGUAUGUACUGACCGGCACAAGUUAGCACACUGUUAACUUGUUAUCUAGAUGUGAAAUUGUGCAGACACUCCUAGGAUGUUCACAUUGGCGGGAGGGACAAGAAUUUUUUAAUACUAACAAUAAUUUGCAAGAUAGUGUUUCUGAUCGAGAAGAAGCUGGCUGCUCUGGAGAAAGCAUAUUGUUUGAAGAUGAAUGUGAACAACUUGUCAGCAGGCUUUAUGAACUACAGCUCUUAUAGCAGGCUAUAAUGAGUGACAGCAUAGAUAAAAAGGGUUGUCCAUGAUUGUCACAUUCAAGACCUUAAAGGACUCCUCACCAGGUUUGGGCAGUACAGACAAAGUUCAGUGUGCAGACAAGUUCAGUUUGCAGAUCACAUGCCGAUGAUUGUGCCUGAAAAGUAUUGGAGUGCUCCUUGGCAUGAAAACAGUUGAAAUUUUAAACACCCUUGCACCCUUCCUCUAAAGGGAACCCCACUUCCUGUCAGAGAAUCAAAAGGUCACACGCAUAAAUGCCCAUAUGUAGAUGCACUGUCUGCAACGUCACGGAUUAUGGCACCUCACUUUGGUAAUUGUCCUAUGAAAUGCAUAUUGUGGGAAACCUUCACUGGAAGCAUGCUGCACAGUAAAAAAGAAAGAGAAGAAAAAAAUAAAAAGAGAUUGGGCUCAUGGCAUAGACGUGACACUGUCUUUUGGCUCUGGUAUUGGAGAAGGCAGGGAAUGACUGUCGCCUUUGGACACUAGUUGAGGGAAAGGGUGGGAGUGCCUAUGUUGGUGGUGACGCUUGCCCCUUGGUAGCAUGGCAACGCUACAUUCCCAACCUAAAUUUCCAAUGGGACCUGGUGAGGGCCUUUUUAGAGCAGUGGUGCACUUCAACCACUUUCUCUCCUUUUAAUCUUUUCCUCCCCUUUCCCCAGUGCAGAGUAGACAAUAGGGCUCAGUCCCGUUUAACCACCCUGCCUUUCAUUUAUGGUUUUCCUGCUCUCUACUCUCGACUGAGUUGCAUGAAGCUGAGGAAUACUGGAUUUGUCACACUCAAGAAAAAUAGUAUGGAACAUUGAUGAGUGAAAUGGUCAUCAUUAGUCCAACAACACUGUGCCACAUUAUGACUAAAGGGAUUUACUUUGUGUUGGAGGACGGCUUCAGUCACUUUCGGGAGAGCUCGGAACAUCCAAUUUUGCUUCCACCUUGGAGAGGACUUCUGGACACCAAGGACCAGGCAAUUUAUCACGAGAGUACUACAUGGCUGUGCUGUCUGGUGAUGGUAUUUGGAGGAGCCGCAAAACUAAAAUACACAACGAGCAAUGUCCUUCCCUGUGUUAAGAACCCCACACGUGAGCACCAUUGUUCUGGCAACUGCAGCAGCAAGUGGCAUAGCUGCAGCUGCAACUUUUAUUUUGCUGAGGCACAGGGCUGCCAGCAAGAAUAACUUUGUGCCUGUGGGGCGUGUGGCCAAUAUUUUCAUCUACCCAAUUAAGGCAAUCGCCGGGAUAGAGGUGCCCUAUGCAGACUGCGUUGUGACUGGACCAGUCUACGAGGGACUCAGAGACAGGUUUAUGUUGAUUGUGAAAGGAGACAACUUCAUUUCAAUGCGUGAGGAGCCCCGCCUUGGCCUGAUCAAGACGAGUUUUGAAAAUGGCAAAUUGACACUGAUGGCUGAUGGUCACCCACCGCUUGUCAUUGAUGCCUGUGACCCGGAUGAGCUAAGCAAGCCUUCUUUUACAGUCAGAAUGCGGAAAUUCAGCUACAAUGCUGUGGAAGUGUCUGAAGAAGCAUCAAAGUGGUUGGGGGAGUACCUCCAGAAAGAUGAUAUUCGCCUUGUGAGAAUAAUUCUUGACCAAGAAACACUUGACCGAGGAAGGAACUGCCCAGUCUCGUUGGUCUGCCAUGAUGAAUCAGCAUUUCAUGUGCUGUCCAAAGGUUCACUUGAUGACUUAUGGUCGAAGCUUCCUCCAGGCAGCAACAUUGGACGAAAAAAUUUUAGACCUGCUCUCUUUAUUGAUGAGUGUGAAGCCUAUGCAGAGGACCAUUGGGGCCGCAUGAAGAUUGGUGAUGCAGAAAUGGCCUUAUCACAUCGCACCACAAGGUGCCUUGUUACAACUGUUGAUCAAGAUGCCGGUGUCAGGACUGACAAGGAGCCCCUGGUCACGUUGCGGAAGUACAGAGUGGACAAGUCACCUAAAGGAAUAGAAAAGUAUACGCAUCAACCCCUGUUUGGUAUCAGCACAUAUCACAUCAAAGAUGGCAGGGUUAAGGUUGGAGACACAGUAUAUGCAGUGGUAUCACCAGAGCCUCUUCUGUGAGAAUGCAGUCCUAUAAGUCAGCGCUGUUGUGUAUGUGAUUCUGUCUGCUCAUUUUAAAUGCUAUAGUAGCUUCUUUAGUUUAGCGGUGUCAUGCACUUAUCUGAAAACUUCUGACACGAAAUCAUGGAUGCUUGCUUAUCAGCGUGACCUUGUUAUUGUGUUAAUAGUGCCUAGUGUUGUUCAUUAAUGGAAUUUCUUAUGUUUAUUUACAAUGGUGACUUUGUUAUUACUUUUGUUGGUAGUAUAUAUCUAUGGUUUGCUUCUAAGUCUCAAGUUGAAAUUAGACCUUGUAAUGCUGUCAUUGAAUGCAUUUUAACAUGGUG